ACUCUUCACGACCCGCCCGACCCAUCUCGCACGAGCACAUACGAUCGACGACUCACCCAUGCCGACCCGGUAGCAUCGAGCUCUAGCGCCUCGCGCAUACAUUCACAUCUCACCACCACGAAACGCAUUCAUAUCCAACCUACAACAUGUCUGCCGCCGCGAAAGAGGAGGACGAGGAAAAAGUGUCCGUCCCCAAUGCCAGCGACGCUCUCUAUGUCAUCAUUGCCGCAGCCUCGGUAGACGAAAACGGCGCACGCAGCAAAGUCUUCCAACAAGAUGAGCUCCUCCAGCUGGGCAGCAUCGCAAACACGCGAGAGCUCAUGCCACUGGUACAAUUCCUCGCCCAAAAAGGACUCUUCCGCACAGUAAAAGUCGGCGGAAAGCUAGGAUGGAGCGUGCGACCACGAGAAGCAGCACGACAAAUCGUCAACCUCGACCGAGAUGAGAAGACAAUCUACGAGAUCAUCGAAGAAGCACAUACCACUGGAAUCUGGACACGCGAUCUGAAGAAGAAGACGAGCAUCGCCCAAAAUGUCGUACAGAAGGCGCUGUCGAAGAUGGAAAAGGGCAACCUCAUCAAAUCCGUCAAAAGCGUCAAAGCACCCGCCCAGCGAACAUACAUGCUCAGCCACCUCUCUCCUAGCGAAGACGUAACAGGAAACAGCUUCUUCGACGCCGGCGAUCUCGAUGAAUCCUUUCGCGACGAACUCCUCAACCUCAUCGUCUUCUGGGUCCGAACAGACAUCGAAGACAUCGCCUCCUCCACCCGUCCCAAAUACCGCUCACUCCGCCCCGAUCUCGAAACCGACCACACCCAACUCCUCUACCGCGCCGGCACUCACUCCUACCCCACCGCCGAAGAAAUCCACCAAUUCCUCACCACCUCCUCCGCCAUCAAACCCACCAAAGCCGCGUCUCUCACCGUCGCCGAGAUCCAAGGGUGCAUCGACGUCCUAAUCUGGGACGACAAACUCGAACCAAUCCGACGACACGACGGCGCAGGUUGGGGAUACCGCACCGUGCGAGGAGUGUCGUUUAAGCCGCCGGGAUCGGUGUUCGAGGAGUUUGAGGAGGCGGUCGGGACGGGAUUGACGCAGGCGCCGUGUGGGCAUUGUCCGGUGUUUGAUUUGUGUCAUGAUAGUGGGCCGAUUAAUGCGGCGGAGUGUGUGUAUUUUGAGCAGUGGUUGAAGGUUUGA